AUGUCACAUAAAUUGCAUAAUUAUCUUGGAGCAACAGGGCGCUUUCAUGAAUUCAAAUUGCACAUGAAGUCACGGUGGAAAUCCUUUCUAGAGAACAUAUAUAAGUGUUCAUCAAAAGAACUGAACACUAAAAUUGCUGAAAAUAUUAAUCCACAUAAGAGGAUGCGAGAGCCUGAAGAUUAUACGCACGUAUUCAGGUAUUUGGUACGUUUGGGAGAAUUCGAUUUUAAUACGGAUUUCGAUUCAGCUGAGGAUGUUGCUAUUGCCAAAGCAGUUGCUCAUGAACAAUACAACAGAAGAACACGUGUUGCUGAUAUUGCCAUUAUCUAUCUGCAAGAAGACGCUCCAUAUUCUUAUGCUAUUUAUCCAGUAUGUUUACCAUUUCCUGAAGAUGUGGCAAACAAAAACUUUACGACUACUAUAUAUCAAGAAUAUCCUUAUGGUGCAGGAUGGGGUGCUACACAAUACCAAGGAGCAACAAGUCCAACUUUGCAAGAGGUGAGAUUACCUGUAGUGACAACCGAAAUGUGCCAAAAUGCGUAUGCUGGUUUUCCCAAUCAGAUAAUAGAUGAGAGAGUGAUAUGCGCUGGCUACAAGCAAGGAGGUAUUGACGCUUGCUCUGGAGAUAGUGGUGGACCACUUUUUUGGCCAAAGGUAAUAUUUGGAAAUUUUGGUCAAAGAACAAUCUAUUAUUUGAUCGGAGUGGUAUCUUAUGGAUACAGAUGCGCUGAACCUGGAUUUCCAGGCGUAUACACAAGAGUUAGCGCUUAUUUGCCAUGGAUAACAGAAAAACUAAAACAAUGA